AUGGAAACCAAAAACAGCUCAUUCAAGGAUAAACUUUCAAAUAACAAAGAAACACUCAAAAACCAUGAAAUAUCCCAAUUUAACCAAUCAACAACAAAACUAGAAUCCGGCAUUUUUGACCCAUUAUUCACAAACUUAAUUACUUCAACAGAGAAGCUAAUAUCUAAGAUCAAUGAAAUCAAAACGAAGAAUCCAUUGCAGUUUAUUAUCAACACCCAACAACAAAAAAUAUUAACGGAAUUUAUAUCCUAUUUUGAAAAUGAUAAUGAAGAGGAUAAUAAUAAAAAUGAAUAUCUGAUUUCACCAUUAUUUUCCUGCGUUUCUGAAUUACUAUUAAUUCCUGAUCUUACCAUUCAUAUCGCAAAUUUCUUUCGACCAUUAUUAAUUGAUUUGGUCGCGAGAUGGUUAUUACUACCACAAAAUAAUCAUAAAAAUGCCGAAACUUUCGAUAAUUCGUUUGAUACUACCAAUGAUAAUAGUCUAGUGUCUAGAGUCGAAUGCGUCGCACAUGCUUUUAGUAUUUUAUUACCGAUCGCGCCUCAAUUAAAAAGGCAAGCUUUUGUUACUUAUAACGCUUUGGCAGUUUCCUUCUUUACGUGUUCACCAUCACUAUUUGAGAGAUUUAAUUUUUACGAAUCAAAUAACAAAAAUGAGAUAUCAAUAGAAUACCUGCAAAAUCUUUUAGUAACUUCCUUUCGACUAUUAAACUUUUCAAAAAACACGUUUUCACAACUAUGGGAUUGGUCUCCUCUAUAUAAAUUACUAUCUCAUUCGAAUCUUUCGAUUCGAUAUCUGGUGAUAUGUUGUCUAAGUUAUGUACUUAAUAUGAAUGAUAGCCAGAGGCAUCAGGCUUUUGAAAGAUGGGUUGCAGAUUCGGAAAAUAGUGAAAAAAUGCUAGUGGAAUGGGAAAACGGGCGAAUUUUAGACCUUGGAAUGUUAACAUUAAUAGAGCAAGAAAAUAUUGCGUCAGAGCAAUUAUCUCUAUUUAAUAAUGAUUUUAAUCAUCAAAAAGAUCUCCAAAAAUAUCGAUUCUUUAAGGAAUCAAAUUUAUCUUCAAAUAUUAUUAAUCUUUGUGGAGUUUUACUUCCAAAGUUUCAUCAUAAUAACGCGUCAUCAUCAUCGUUUGUUAAUAAUUCAUCAUCAAAGGAAUUACAAAGACUUGUUGCGACAAAGACUACGCAGUGUAAUAUCAAUUCAAUCGCUUUAGCCAUUUCUAUUGGUGCUCCUGUUUUGCUCGAAGGAAUAAUAGGUUCAGGGAAGACUGCAUUAGUGGAAGAAGUUGCCAAUGUAACAAAUAGAGCCGAAACGCUUCUUCGAAUACAUAUUGGAGAUCAAACCGACUCAAAAAUAUUGCUUGGCACCUAUGUUUCUACGUCUACCCCAGCUUCUUUCAGAUGGCAGCCGGGUGUAUUAACGACAGCUGUACGCGAAGGUCGAUGGAUUCUAAUAGAAGAUAUCGAUCUCGCCCCAUCCGAAGUUAUUUCAGUCUUAAUUCCAUUACUAGAAACGCGUCAACUUUUUAUUCCUAGCAGAGGCGAAGUAAUUAAGGCAAAAGAAGGUUUUCAAAUAUUCGCCACUAAGAGUCUGUUGCCAGAGAAAGCAAUUCUAAACGACAAGAAUAUUCGAUCGAUAAAAUAUUCUAAUAGCAACAAUAUUAUGGGCUAUAAUCUCUGGACAAAAAUUAAAAUUGAUAAUCUUGAUUUUGAGGAAUUAGCUCAUAUCAUUAAUAUUCGAUUUCCUAAUUUACAAGAGUUAUCGUCUAGUAUAAUGCAUGUGUUUAAAUCUAUCACUUUAUUAUACGAAAAGUUUAAUUCUUCUGGAAUGAGAUCAUUGUCGGCUAUUAGAUUUACUUCAACGCGUGAUUUAAUGAAAUGGUGCUAUAGAAUUAGCAUCUUAAUAGGAAACAAGCGAGAAAUUAUCACAUCCGAGGGACUUGAUCAAAAAAUCCGUGAGGAUCUUUUCAGUGAAGCAGCAGAUUGUUUUUGCGGAAUGAUUUCUGAUUAUGAAGAUUGGAUAAAAGUAUUAGAAUAUGUCGGUGAGGCAUUGUUGAUACCAAAAGAGCGCGUACGAUCAUAUGUAAACGCGUAUAUUCCAACAUUGAAUGUCAGUAAAUACCUGAUUACGAUUGGUCGUGCAAAUUUAAAACCUUUUGACAGUAAUAGCAAACAGAAUAAAUUACUAUUAUCAAAAUCAAAAAAAGGAAAUCGAUCAAUUUUUGCGAACACAUCACACGCAUUAAGAUUACUUGAAAAAAUAGCAGUAUGCGUGUAUUUAUGUGAACCGAUUCUUUUAGUGGGCGAAACAGGAACAGGCAAAACUACUGUAGUACAACAUUUAGCUGAUUUAUUGCAGCAGAAGCUCGUGGUGGUUAAUUUAUCACAACAAAGUGAUAGUAGUGAUUUACUCGGAGGAUUUAAACCGGUCGAUGCCAAAGUCCUUGCAACACCAUUAAAGGAAGAAUUUGAUGUUCUUUUCGAAAGAACUUUCUCUAUAAAACGAAAUCCAAAAUUUUUGGAUAUGGUAAGAAAAAUGUAUGUCACAAGAAAAUUUGAAAAAUUUGCUACAUUAUUAAUGCAGGCUGUUGAAAUGGCCGAGAAACGAUUUAAUAAUGAAUUUGAUCGGGAAGAGAAUAACAACAAUAAAUCUUCGAAAUCAGCGAGUCCAGAAUUAAGGCAACGAUGGAAAAUUUUCGCUGAUUCGGUGAAUAAAUUUCAAUUCCAGUAUACACAGAUUCGAGGAAAAUUAAUGUUUAGUUUUGUUGAAGGAACGUUGGUCAAGGCUGUGAUUGACGGCGAUUGGAUUCUAUUGGAUGAGAUUAAUAUGGCAUCAACAGAAACGCUUGAAUGUCUCAGCGGAUUGCUGCAAGAUUCUCAAGGUUCAAUCUUAUUAACGGAAAAAGGAGAUACUGAAAGGAUAAAGCGUCAUCCUAAUUUUCGGAUAUUCUCUUGUAUGAAUCCUGCAACAGAUGUGGGAAAACGAGAUUUACCACCUGCUUUACGUAAUCGCUUUACUGAAUUCUAUGUCCAUCCUCCUGACACAAAUCAAGAUGAUUUAAUUGCAUUUGUUAAACAAUAUCUCAUGGGAUGCUUGCACGGCGAUGAACACGUUCCUAUGGAUAUUGUCGAAUUUUAUUUGGCAGCUAAGAAUUUAUUAAAGGAACACAAACUUGCGGAUGGUGCUAACCAACGACCACACUUUAGUAUGAGAACACUUGCUCGUGCUUUAAUCUACGUCAAACAAAUUAUGCCAGUUUAUGGGCUUCGACGUUCAAUAUACGAAGGAUUCUGUAUGACUUUUUUGACGCAAUUGAAUCAAGAAAGCGAAAUAACUAUGCGUGGAUUAAUUGAAAAUUUCUUAUUAAGGGGAGUUAAGAAUCCACGUGAAUUGAUUUCUCGAAUUCCGCGUGAACCUACCAUCGAUCUAAACGGAAACUUUAUUCAGUUUGGAUAUUUUUGGCUUGAACGUGGAAUUUAUCCGAUCGAGGAAAUGCCACAUUAUAUAUUGACAAAAUCAGUUAAAGAAAAAUUAAAUAGUCUGGCAAGAGUGAUUACUAGUAAAAAAUUUCCGGUAUUAAUUCAAGGACCAACUUCUGCCGGAAAAACUAGCAUGAUUGAGUAUUUGGCAAAAAGAACCGGUCAUCGAUUUGUCCGAAUAAACAAUCAUGAACAUACGGACUUGCAAGAAUAUCUCGGAACAUAUGUUUCUAAUAGUGAAGGAAAAUUAGAAUUUCAAGAAGGUGUGCUAGUUGAAGCACUAAAGAAUGGAUAUUGGAUAGUUCUCGACGAAUUAAAUUUAGCUCCUUCAGAUGUUCUUGAGGCAUUAAAUAGACUUCUCGAUGACAAUAGGGAACUAUUGAUUCCGGAGACUCAGCAAGUUGUUGAACCUCACAAAGAUUUUAUGUUAUUUGCUACACAAAAUCCUCCAGGAUUAUACGGUGGACGAAAAGUUUUAUCGCGCGCGUUUCGUAAUCGAUUCCUGGAACUUCAUUUCGAUGAUAUACCCGAUGAGGAAUUGGAAACUAUUCUUUCAGAGAGAUGUAGAAUCGCUCCUUCAUAUGGUAAAAAACUUGUUCAAGUAUAUAAACAAUUGAUGGAGAAACGACAGGGAACAAGGAUUUUCGAACAAAAGCAUGGCUAUAUUACUCUAAGAGAUUUAUUUCGUUGGGCUGGAAGAGGAGCUAUCAGUUAUCAGGAAUUAGCUGAACACGGUUAUAUGUUGCUAGCUGAAAGAAUACGAAAACCCGACGAGAAACUUGUAGUCAAGAAUGUUUUAGAAACAGUUAUGAAAGUAAAGAUUAAUGAGGAAUUAUUGUAUGAUUGCGCUAAUCUGAAUGAAUAUCAACAAUACUUGAGCUCGAUCAAGCAACUCGAUAAAAAUGAUAUCGUAUGGACGAAAUCAAUGAAAAGAUUAUUCACGCUUGUGUCUCAUUGUCUAAGGUUCAAUGAGCCCGUUUUGUUAAUUGGCGAAACUGGAUGUGGCAAAACGACAGUAUGUCAAAUGAUUGCACAAGCGAAAAAUAAAGCGAUACACAUUGUAAAUUGCCAUCAAAAUACUGAGACUUCGGAUUUACUUGGAGGUCAGAGGCCCGUGAGAAAUAAAGCGAACUUUAAUGCAGAACUAAAAAAUGAUUUAAUUACAUUUAUGAGCAUGCAUCUAUCGUCACAAGAAACUAUUACAAAUGAUUUGGAAUUAGAUCAGUUAAUCUCUUUGUUUGAAAGUGGCAUAAAAGGGAAUAAAGUCAUGCCGAAUAAUCAUGAAAUUGUAUUAUCAUUACGAGUAAGAUGUCAACAAGCCCGAGCAUUAUUUCAAUGGUAUGAUGGACCAUUGAUUAAAGCCAUGGGAAAAGGCGAACUCUUUCUGUUAGAUGAAAUUUCUUUGGCAGAUGAUUCGGUAAUAGAACGGUUAAAUAGUGUACUCGAGUCAAAUCGAUUACUCGUAUUACCAGAGAAAGGUGGUCGAUGCGUCGAAGAAUUAAAUGCCCACGACGAAUUUCAAUUUCUUGCUACGAUGAAUCCUGGCGGUGAUUACGGUAAGAAAGAAUUAUCACCCGCUUUAAGAAAUCGAUUCACUGAAAUCUGGGUUCCUCCCGUAACUGAUCGUGAUGAUUUAUUGAAAAUUAUCACCACACAAUUCAAUAAUUCAACUUUACUUGGAUAUGGAGAAUGUAUUCUUGCGUUUAUUGAAUGGUAUUAUUCCCAAUCUGUUGGAAAGACUCGAGAAAUAAUGAGUUUAAGGGAUAUUUUGACUUGGGUUACUUUUAUGAAUAUUAUUACCACGUUGGAUGAAAAGUUCAAACAAUCUGUUGCAUUUAAGCAAGGUGGAUGUUUAGUGUUGUUGGAUAGAAUUGGAUCAGAUUUAUCGAGUUCAGAUGUAGUGUUUAAAAACUUUCGUGAAAAAUGUAUCAAAAAGUUAUCACAACUCGUGGAAGAUGACGAUGAAAUUGUAGAUAAUUUUGAGAAUAAAAUUAUUUCAGCUGAAACUCAUUUUGGCAUUAAUCCUUUUUAUAUCGAAAGAGGUCCUUUAAAUACUGGUCAUGAUACAGUCAAAUUUCAGUUGCAGGCUCCAACAACAUUUGAUAAUGCUUUUCGAGUGCUGCGUGCCAUGCAACUCAAAAAGCCAAUUUUACUUGAGGGUAGUCCAGGGGUUGGAAAAACAAGUUUAAUUUCAGCUUUGGCAGCUGCAUCUGGUCAUCGACUUGUCCGCAUUAAUCUUUCAGAACAAACUGAUCUAAUGGAUCUAUUUGGUUCUGAUUUGCCAGUCGAAGGAGGCCAUGGUGGUGAAUUCGCAUGGCGAGAUGCUCCCUUUUUGCAGGCGAUGCAAACUGGAGAUUGGGUAUUAUUGGAUGAAUUGAAUCUUGCAUCUCAAUCAGUACUUGAAGGUCUAAAUUCUUGUUUAGAUCAUCGUGGUUCGGUCUAUAUACCUGAAUUAGAUAUGGAAUUUAGCUGUGCUAGCGAAUUUCGAGUAAUUGGCGCUCAAAAUCCAUUUCAACAAGGAGGCGGACGAAAAGGAUUACCAAAAUCUUUUGUUAAUCGAUUCAUCAAAGUUUACCUCGAACAGCUCACAAAAGAAGACAUGAUCUAUAUAUCACAAAGUUUAUUCUCAGAAAUUGACUUGUCAACUUUGUCUCGAAUGAUAGAGUUCAAUACGUGUAUCUAUGAAAGUACCAUGAUUCGGUGUGAGUUUGCUCGUAGAGGAGGUCCUUGGGAGUUUAAUCUUCGUGACGUAAUUCGUUGGUUAGAACUUAUGCGGAAAGAUUCGGGAUUAGAUUUUAAAGCUAAACCUAGUAAUUACUUGGAUCUACUUUACCUGCAAAGAAUGAGAACCGCUGAAGACAAGGAUUAUGUUAUUUCAAUAUACAAUCAAAUUUUUGACUCGGAAAUAUACGAGUCACCAAAACAACCUAGUUUUCAUAUCGAUACCAAUUACCUGCAAAUUGGAAAUUCUAUUCUUCCAAGAAAUACUUCUCGUAUGAAUAGCAUAACCUUAGAAAAUCAAUUGCAUUUACUGCAAUCGGAUUUACAACCUUUACAGGCAAUCAUGAAAUGUGUAGAGAUGAAUUGGAUGGUCAUCUUGAAUGGUCCUGAAGCUUCCGGUAAAACAUCCAUGAUUCGAUUAUUGGCUCAAUUGACCGACAACCAUUUGGAAGAAUAUGCAAUGAAUAGUGGCGUGGAUACUGUUGAAUUAUUGGGCGGAUUUGAACAAUUGGAUUUGGCAAGACAUCGUCGCUCUUUCUUGGAAGAAUUAAGUGAAUUGUCGUAUAAAUUCAUUAAAAGUUUGUUAUUACUAAGAGAAUCUGAGUCGUCUUCUUCAAUGACGAUAGAUAUGCAAAAGCAACAGGUUUUGCAUAUUAUUAGUCAGUUGAAUGAUUUGUUAUUUACCUUAGAGAAUCAGUAUAAAUUAAGUUCGGAUCAAAAGCAAACUAUUGAUUAUGGAAUAAUUGAUCGAAUUCUCGAAAUUGUUGAUCAGAAUAUAACAAAUUUCGAAUUAUUCGAAUUCAAUUCAUAUUAUUCAAAAGUAUCUCAAAGAAUAAUGACAUUAAAACAAUUAGAAAAUGAGUCGGUUUCUGGACGCUUUGAAUGGAUUGAUGGAGUGCUAAUCAACGCUCUAGAAAAUGGUCAUUGGCUUCUAAUCGAUAAUGCGAAUCUCUGCAAUCCAUCCGUGCUAGAUCGUUUGAAUCCCGUAAUAGAGCCCAACGGAUUCCUGUUGUUGAAUGAACGAGGACAGGAUGAUAACGGCAACCUGAAAGUCAUACGACCACACAAAAACUUCAGAUUAUUCAUGACUGUUGAUCCGCGAAAUGGUGAGUUAUCACGCGCCAUGCGGAAUCGUGGCGUUGAAAUAUCUUUAUUGAAUGCCGAUUGGUCCAAAAAUCCACGAGAUUUGAUUAAACUGGCUAACGGAAUUGGUUUUCGUGGAGAAGAGUUACCAUUACUGGUUGGAGGGAUUCAUAAAGAGAUGGAAAGAAUCUCAAAAAAUAUCAGUCCAAGAAAUUAUUUGAAAUUUGUUCAAAUUGUGCUCGAGCGAUUACAACGCGGUGAUGGAUUAAAAUCUGCGUUACAGAAUACUUCAAGACAAAUCUAUGAUACAUUAGACUAUGAAAAAGAUUAUAUUUUUCUUGAAAAAUUCGAUACAGACCGGGUGUUAUCAAAGGAGACAACUUUGAUCAAUUCGUUAUCGCCUACCAACUGUCCUUUAUUUAUUGGCGGAAAUAUAUUCAGAGAAGAAUCAACUAUUGGAAGAAUUUUACUUCAUGGCGCGUAUCUUUAUUAUUUAUUGCAGAAACGUCUUCUCGAUAUUACUGAAAAUAUUGAUAGUGAUAUUAUUGAACGUUUUGCGAGUGCACAUUUACUGGAAAAUAUAUCUCCAAAUGACUAUACUAUGUGCACACGAUGGUUAAAUUAUUUAUCUUCGAAUAUGAAGUCUGGUAUUGUACCAGAACAUGGCUCUAUAAAGAUACUUCAUUUCUUACAUGGGAAUCUAUUUCAACAUCCUGUGGCUGCACAAAUUGUCGAAUAUAAACGUCAAUUAGCUAAAAUGGUCAACUUGGACGAGAGAUUUAUUGCAAAUCAGCCAUUCGACAUUACAAAUAAUCCGGAUCUAGUAAAAAUAUUUGUUAACGGGAUGGAAAAUAACGAAAUAAUCCGUACACUAUGGAAUGCGUACUUGAUUAAAAUUAAAGAAUUCGAACUAUUAACGCGCGUAAAACGUGAUGAAUAUAUUGAGAAUGUUAAUUAUCAGCAAGUAGCUCGUAAAAAGGCCUCGCGAUUAUCUAUAGUUCAACAAUCUUAUUUGUAUCAAAUUGAGAAACAACAACAGCAACUACCGGCGAAUUAUAAUAAUAAUGAAAAAUUAGAACAUCCAGUGAUGGUUGCGAUUUACCCAUUUUUUGAGAGGUUUAGACGAUUGAUUGAUGAUUUUCUAGAGAACAAAGUUUUUUAUAACACUGAGAUGUUCUUAUUCAUCCACAAAUUCUUGGACUAUCGUGAAUUCUUUUGGCGACAAUGUACCUCCACCGCCACUACCAAACUUAAUCUCGGAAAUGUUAAAACCUGCCUCGCCUUUAUGCACCGGCUCUCUAAAGAAUUUCUUCAAACAUUUGGAGUCGGCGGUGAGAAAUUAGUUCUUCCGCUUUUAGACCUGGUAGAUACGCUACGAAAAGAGGUUGAUGUGAACACGGGAAUAUCAAUGAAUUUGCUGUGGAAAAGAUUUCAUCCGGUCAUGAUUACUAGGAUGGAGUUUUAUGAGUUGGAACAAGAGUUGCGUGGUGUUGGUGGGGAGUUGUUUGAUUUUUAUGAUGAGAGUAGGCAAGGUGAUCAAAAAUUAAUGAUGAUGAAUAUGACCAGAGUAGAUUUAGAAUCGAAAAGAAUGUUGAUUGAUGCUAUCGUCACUUUAUAUUUCAUUGACGAGAAUUACCAUUCAGUCCCUGAAUCGCGUGAAUUAUUCGCUUCCAUUCAAAAAACCCCAUCUCAACAACCUAAACAACACCUUUAUUCUAUUUUUGAUUUCAUGAGCAUUGUGAAAGAGAUGCAGAUCCUCGUCAAACUUCAAUUGCUUGGAUCAUUUGAAGAGCCUGAUCUUGAUAAGGAUAAACUUUACCCGAUACUCGACGAACUUUACAAACUUCUCGAGUUUUCAAUACAGAAGUCCACGAGAUCUCCACUAGAUUUUGUCCCUCAUCAACGACUGUUGUGGAUUUAUGGGCGUGAUUCGAAUGUACCGAGUGAAAAAGCCGCAUCCAUAUACACCAACAUUGUUCAAGAAAUACUAUGUGGAUGGCAAGCUCGAUUAUGGCAAAUAAGUUUCAAUGAGUAUUUUUCGAUGGAAAAAAAAAUCCCGGCGACGUUUGGUACUAUAAGUGAAGGUCCUUCGCGACUAUUUCAAAGUGUGUUUGCUGGUUGCUAUUUUAAUUACGCUAAUUCCUUGGAACAAAUGUCGAUUGGAUCAUACGACGAGAACUUUUCUUGUCUGAAUGAAUUCGCGAAACAGGUCGUAGCUGAAAUGUCUUAUUACGUUAACAGACGCCAAAUUGAUCUCGCUUGCUUGAUUCUUCAGUUGGUUCAGAUCCUAGUAACUCACCGUGAAAAAUUUGACGCUGGGACAUUUCACAAUCUAUCCGGAACGCUUGAGAAUUUGACGUGUAAUACCGUACCAACAUUGCUUUCUGAAACAAAUAGCAAUGAUAUAAUCAAUCAUGUUACUGACGAUGAUAAAUACAUCAAUCGCACACAUUCAUUAUCUGUUGAGAUGUCAUCAGUUACUUUAUCUUCGCUUCAAAUGACAGAAAAAAUUCUCAAAGAAGCCAGUGUCGUUGAUUCGAAAUUCCACGAAAUGAUAAACUCGUAUUUUAUCCCAGCUAUUCAAUUAAUUCAUCAGAUAAUUUCUCGCCAGCUAGAUGAAAUGACAGUCAACACCAGCAAUGAUAAUAACCUGAACACUCUCAUGGGAAAAACGUGGACACUAUUGUCACUCGGUUUUAUUGCUUUAUACGUUCCAGAUUAUCCGACCGAUCCAACCUCAGAAUCUCGUCUAACCCACGACUUCCUCAACAAUAAACAACUUAACCUAGAAACUGAGAUUCAAGUUCGUGAAAAGAUACAGCAAUACAUCACCGGGGAAUCAACAAAUUCUAUUAUCGAUAAUCGAAGAAAAGAAUUAGAGGUUGUCUUACAAGAGUUGAAAUUGACUAAAAUAAACAUGACACUACGGCCAGAUAAAUAUGAUCAUGCACUUACCGACCUGUUCAAGCAUAUCCGUUAUCUAUGUGAUAAUGUGGUUGACAUGAAACAUAUGAAUGAGCUUUUGAUGGACCUUAAGAAACCAAUUUACCACAAUGAUUUAUCGAUAUAUCAACGAGAAGCUUUAUUCCAAAGUAAAACUUUUCAGUUUAUUAAUCGACUUUCGAAAAAUUAUCCUCUUUUCCGAGAUAUCACGCAUCCAUUAAUUACCGCAGUAUAUCAAUUGAAAUACGGAGUACGAAUAAUCGCUGCACAUUCAAGAAUUAUUUCAAAUGAUCACGAUGACCACGAUAACAACCUUCACUAUGAAAACAAUAACACAAAUUUCUUGCACUCUAUUCUGAUGGCUUUAUUAAAAAUCUCAAGAACAAUGAACAACUCCACAAAAGAUCUCGAUCAUUCCAUCGAAAAGCUCUGUUCCCAAGAAACAAUGCCUCGUCUAAAACGAAUAAUAUUUCAAAAUUAUUCUUCCCCAAUGAACUCUGAACAAUAUCUUCAAUACCUUAUCACCGUUCUCAAAUGUGUAUAUUACCGUGUCGUUUCGCGUGGAAAGUUUUUCGUUGAUAAGGAUUUGGAAACUAUUGACAAAUUGUAUUCUGAAAUUGCGAGUGUGUAUGCUGCUGCGCAAGAUUAUCAACGUAAAAAAACGGAGGAGACUGAAAAUUUAUAUAAGCAAAAGGCUAAAACUCAGUCUACUGUCUUUAGAGAUGAUGAUGACCAUUCGGCUGUUGAGUAUGAAGUCAAAAAAUUGUUUCCUGAUUUCAACAGAGAGUAUCGCGAGUUUCAAGAAAAUGAAAAUGGUGAUGAUGAUGAUAAAGAGAAUUCUAAUAGUGAAUCAUUGGAGCUUUUCCCUGAGAGUUUAGAUUUUGAGAUGCAAUCAACGCAAAUGCUCGGCACAUUCAUUCUUAAAGACUGGUUAUCAAAUGGUAACCAACAAGAUUUUAAAAUAGUAUUCGAUAAUUACAACAACAAUAAGAAUGAACAAAUUUAUGAUUUCUAUCGAGAUCCGAAUUUAAAUGAAGCGAAAAAAUUAAAUCCUAUCUUAUCAGAAUUCCAAACAAGAAUAAAAGAUUUACUCGAAGAAUGGCCAGAUCACGCCGUCCUACUACAACUCUACGAGAUCAGCAUACGGAUCAAAAGUUUCGCUCUGAAUUCACCAAUUGCAAAAUUUUUGACAGGUCUUGAACUGCUCUUACAAAAAUCCGCAGAAUGGGAAGCUUACGCGAGCAGCCGGGUCUCGCUCAAAGUUCAACUUGACCAAAUUACCUGUCUUAUCGUUGCCUGGAGACAAUUAGAGUUGAAUUGUUGGCCGAAUUUGUUGGCUGCUCAAGAUAAAUAUUAUGCUGAAUCUGCAUACCAGUGGUGGUUUCAUCUUUACAAUUGUGUUGUUUCUUCUGCAAUUGAUAGGUUCAAGGGUCAAGUUAUCGCGAAAGAAGAGAUUACAAAAUAUAUUACGCAAAUUGUCGAGUCACUUGAUCAGUUUUUGCAAUCUUCGAAAUUGGGAGAUUUCCCGGCUCGACUUGAUUUAAUUCAUUCUUUUUAUCUCCACUUGUGUGUAAAUCUCGAAUUUCAAAAAGCACCGAAGGAAAGAGAUGAUCAAGAAGCAGCAGCUACUAUUUCAAGUUACUAUAAUCAAGCAGCUGACGCUUUGUAUAAUGUCUACAAAUACUAUUCACAAUUUUUAUUUCAACAUGACAAAAGCUUGGCGGAAAUGCGUAAACCAAUCGAAAAAGAUCUAAAAGACUUUGUAAAACUUGCGAGCUGGAAAGAUAUCAACAUUUACGCAUUGAAACAGAGUGCACAAAAGACACAUCGACAUCUGAGUAAAUGCAUUCGAAAGUAUAAGCAAGUAUUGGAUAAACCUAUUACCGAAAUUAUCACAGCAUAUCAAUCGAGUUCAUCAUCCAACAACACCACCUCAAAUGCAAUAACAACAUUUCCAGAACUCUCUUCCAAUCAAGAAAAUUGGAUUUAUAAACUCUUGCCUGACCCGCCAUCUCCACAAGUACGGGAAUUGUUAGAUCUGUCGAAUAGUAAACGCAUUUGGGCAAUACCUGAACGAUUCAUAAAUAUUAAUCAGACUCUUGAGAAACUUUAUUCUUACUGCAUCAAUGAUAUAUUCGUAAAACGUCCGACUUACCAAAGAGCCCUUGAUGAAUUUGCCACUCAACUUAUUUUACGUAUUAAAUCGCUUCAAGAGGAGACGCCAGCUCUAAUGAAUGACGAAAAUAAAAGUUCAGUAAAGGCUUUAAAGAUGAUCAAAAAGAAAGCUUUGGUUGAUCUUUUAAAAGAGCUGAAAAGACUUGGUCUCGAUCCAUUCAUGAAAAGUAAACGCGUUGAACAGCAACAAAAUUUGGUUGGUUAUUUACUUCAACUUCCACGAUUGAAUUUUGAAAAGGCUAUGGAAUCAAAGCGAUUGAAAUCAGCAAUAACAACUACUCAUCAAGCAACUCAAGAUAUCGAAUCUUUGAAAAAAGCUGAUGAUUAUUAUUAUCGAAUCGUGGCUCGAAUGACGCAUCUACGAUACGUGGCAAACAAUCCGUCUCGUGACUUGACCUCUCUAGAGAUCCGAAAAGGUCUUAGUUUCACUGAAGAUCUGUUACACUUGAUUAUUGCGGAGAGAUUGACGUUGCAUCAAGUCGAACAAAAAUUUACCUAUAUUUUUAGAUCAGGAUCUCAGUUCGAAAGAAUUUAUACCUCGUAUCAUGCUGCAGCUUUCAACAACAAUGAUGAUAUUAAUGAUGAAUCCAAGUUAUCCUUAUCUUUGAAUAAAAUCGACGAAAAGGCAUUUUGUGCACACAAAGAAUUCUUGGAUGAUUUGGUUAACUCGUUAGCUUAUGCUUGUCUAAUUAUUAAUAUACAAAAAGAAUUUCUUGCUGGCAGUGAAGAUGUUGAUGUUAUGGGUUCGACUGAUUCUCAAUAUCAAAGUCGAUUGUCAAAUUGGCUUGAUCGAAUGAUUAAAACUAGAGAAGAUGUUCUCGUAAUCUAUGAACAAGUGAUAUUGCACCCAUCUUUUACCAAUGCACACAAAGCUUUCAUCACUGAAGAUAUAAUCAUCAAAAUUCAAAAUAAUAUGAAAACAGUAAACUUACUUUACGAUUUCGUCGAGAAUUUGUGCCAUCGUAUUCCUCAAUCGCGGCAUUUCCUCUUAUCGAUUGUUAACUGUAUUGGCUUAUAUAAGAACAGAUAUCAUCAUUCGAAUGAAGCAGUUUUACUUGAUGAUGAAGAUGAUGAGACCACAUGUGUAAUCGAUGAACUUUUGCAUAUGACUAAUGGUUUAGUUGAUGCUGUACUUUUAACGGUUCAAAAUCUUUUGAAAAUGGAAAAAGAUAAAAAAGCAACAAAACAAGAGUAUCAACCAUUAGCUAACAAUAACAGCAACGAUGAAACUAAGGCACAAAUAAUUGAUGAUAUGCCCGAUGGAUUUAUUCGAUCCGAGCAUCAAAUAUUCGUCGAAAUAAUCACCCGGUUGAAUCUCAAUGCCUUUAUAGAUUGUUAUGAUGCAAUUCACGAAACACUAUCUAUAAUUUUUGACGACCACCAUAUCAAUACCAAAAAGAAUCGACAUUUACUCACCUUUUUGAUUCAACGAAUAUUUCCAUUCAUAAAACAAUACAUUCUACUUUUACAAUACUAUCUGUCACAACUUUUCAUUCAUCACAAAUCAAUCUGCAAACUUGCAUACGUGUUGAUAAAUUCAUUCACUACGAUCUUUAUGAAAGGUUUUUGUAUGCCAGAUCAGGAAACUGAAAAUUGUGAAGGUGGUACAGCACAAGAUGGAGUCCAAGGCACCGGGAUUGGAGAAGGCGAAGGAAGUAAAGACGUGAGUGAAGAGAUUGAGGAUGAAGAGCAAGUGCUGGAUGAACAAAUCGGAAAGCUUGAUGAUUCUGAUCCUGAUGUCGUCGACGAAAAAAUGUGGGGAGACGAUUCUGCUGAAGGUGUUGAUGAUAAUGGGAAGACGAUUGAUCACGAACAAACGAAUGAUCAGGAUGGCGAGACUGAGAUUGUUGCUAAAGAUAAUGAAAAUCAAGAUAAUGAGUCAAAGAAACAAAAAGAUUUGCAACAAGAGACAGAAACGAACCGAGAUGUAAAUGUAAACUUGGAAGAACAGGAAAAAGAGUUUAAUGAAGCUGAACAGGAUGUUGGCGAUGAUGAAUAUAAUAAUAAUGAACGAAAUGAGCAAUCAUUAAUUGAAGUUCCAGAAGCUGAAACUCUAGAGCUACCAGAUGAGCUAAGGAUGGACGAAGGUGGCGACAUUCCCAAUGAGCCAGAAGAAAAUCAAAUUCCGGAAGGAAACCUGGAUGAUGCUUUUGGAAAUAUGGAUAUCGAUGAACCAGAGAUGACGGGGUCAGAAGAAAAUGUACAAGAAGAAACUAUGAUGGAGGAUGUGCUCGAUGAAGAGAUAAUACAAGAAGAUAAAGAUGACCGAGAAAGAUCUAAAGACAAAUUGGAUCAAUGUCCAAGAAAUCUCAAAGAUGACGAUAACUUGCAAGAUCCGGAUAAUAAAGAACCAUCUGCGAUACAGAACACCACGAAAGAACAAACAACAUUGCAAGAUAUUCAAUAUAAAAAUCAGCAUUCUUUUGGGGUCGAAGGCGAAGUUGGCAAAACUACUGAAUUGUCAACAGGAGAAAAUUCAUCUACACAGAAAGAAAAUCGGACUCUGGAUUUUGAUCUUAAUAAUUCGGUGCAAAAUGAUGUUGAUCAACUAAUGGGUAUUACAAGUAACGAGCAUAAGCAAAAUGCAACUCAAAUUAAUAAAGAUAACGAAGGUGAAAGGCAAGAAAGUAAAAAACCGAAGGCUGAAGAAAAAAUACAGGAUGCCAAUCCUCAUCGUAGUUUAGGCGAUGCGAUGGAGCAAUGGCGCAAACGACUCAAUAUUAAUGAUAUAGAUAAUUCGGUUACCGAGAACCACGAACCUGAUCAGGAAGACCAGCAAAAAGAAAAUCACAUUAACGAUGAAAAGAUGUUUGAGUAUCUGAAAGACGAUGAAACAUCACAUGAUAUGCAGACAAUGGGCCCUGCUACAGAAGAUCAAACUCGAGAAAUGGGUAUAAUUGGUGCAAUAGAUGAUGGCGAUGAAGAUAUGUAUCAGAAUUCUGAGCACGCUGUCGAGGAUAUUGAAUUGGGUAUCGAUAACACGCCUCCUGAAAAAGAUCUAGAGACUUUUGAAAAAGAACUUGGUAAUAAUAAUCUUGAGACUCGAGAGGGAAUGGGAGGAGCUAUCCUAAACAAAAGAAUAAAAGAUUUAGAGAUUCAUCAAAGUGAAAAUGAUCACGAAGAGGAUAAAUCUGUUUCUCAAACUAUGGACAAGUCUAAUAUGAUUCAUGCGCCAAUUCCUCAAGAACAAUUUGUUAAUAUGCGAGAUUACCUAGAAAUGGAAUUAUCAGAAUGGCGCGAAAAUGGUCGUGAUGCCACUCAAGCUCGAGAUCUCUGGCAAAAAUAUGACAGCCUAACACAUGAGCUUGCAAACGGCCUCUGUGAACAACUUCGAUUAAUUCUCGAACCGACAAUGGCCACGCGACUUAAAGGCGACUAUAAAACGGGAAAACGGCUCAACAUGAAAAAAAUUAUUCCCUAUAUUGCCAGUGACUUCAAAAAAGACAAAAUCUGGCUUCGACGUACAAAACCAAGUAAACGACAGUAUCAAGUGAUGAUUGCAGUUGACGAUUCAAAAUCAAUGUGUGAAACUCACUCGAUACAACUCGCCUAUGAAACUCUUGCGUUAAUUUCUAAAGCUUUAUCACAACUUGAAGUUGGUGCAAUCUCGAUUGUGAGUUUCGGUAAAGAUGUUCGUAUUUUGCAUCCUUUCGAUCAACCGUUUACUGCGGAAGCGGGGGCAAAAGUACUACAACAGUUUACCUUUGAACAGGAUAAAACACUUGUCAGAUCAUUAAUGGAUACUACAAUCGGCCUGCUGAAACACGCAAGAGUCAAUAAUAUAGGUACAAGUGGUGGUGCAUCACGAAAUACCGAACUUUGGCAAUUACAAAUUAUCAUAUCCGAUGGUGUCUGCGAAGAUCACGAAAGUCUUAAAACGUUGGUUAGACAAGCGGCCGAAGCUCAAAUUAUGGUCAUCUUUAUUAUCGUGGACAAUAAACCUAACGAAAAGGAUUCUAUUAUGUCCAUGAAUCAUGUUAAAUACAGUCAAGUUGAUGGACGAAUGAUGCUUAGAAUGCAAAAAUAUUUAGACACUUUUCCAUUUGAUUAUUAUGUAGUAUUGCGUGAUACUAAUGCAUUGCCUGAGACUUUGGCAGAUGCAUUGAGACAAUACUUUAGCGUAGUAGGCAAUUUAUAG